UCACGUUGCCUAAUUUUCCAUUUCUAGGGUUCAUCUCUGCACCAGAAACUACGAACAUGUCUUCGAAGAUCAUGCUGAAACCUAAAGGGAAGAACACCAAGAAAGCUGCUGCGGCGGACGAGGACGACAGAGCAGUGGCGGUGGUGGGAAAGUUCGUGAAGGAGUGGGGGACAUGGACCGCAAAGAAAGCCAAAGUUAUCACCCAUUACGGUUUCAUCCCUCUUGUCAUCAUCAUUGGCAUGAAUUCUGAACCAAAACCCUCUCUUUCUCAGCUUCUUAGUCCCGUAUAAACCCCCUUUCUCAGAUAUCAGUCGAUUUGACUUCUAUUGGUAAUGGGUUGUUUUGAAUUUUUGUUUAGCUGGAUCACCUUGAUACUGAUCAAUUUUAUAUUUGUCGAGCUCAUUUUGGCUUUUGCUAUGUAUGGAUCAUCAUUGAACCCAAUUAAGUUUUCUUGGGUUAUCAGAUUUGCAGCCCUGUGUUAAAGCCCUUUUAUUGGUAAUAAUUGUUUGGGAAUUUAGGGCUUAGGUUUAGAUGUAAUAAAACUAUGUCUUGUUGGCUCUUUAAUACUCUUCUGAUGCUAAUGGAUUGUGAAACUUGGAUAAAAGAGUUACCUUUUUUU